CAAAAGUAGAAAGAGAGGAUGCGGAACCCACUUGUGCUGUUCUCUGAAGAGGCGCGUGUGCGAGUACUUGCGGUGGUGGGACUUGUGGGGAUGGCGACAUCUGUGUACCUGCUGCGGAUGCACUACGCGCCCGAGGUGGCAGCCCAUGGCGUGUGCGAGGUCAACUCGGUGCUGUCGUGUGUGGCGGUGAACACGUCCAAGUACUCGGAGCUGUUCAAGAUACCGGUGGCACUGUUAGGCAUCUUCUGGUUCGCGGUCGUCACUGCCGUCGCUGCGCAUCUAGUCCUGGUCGGCUACGACACUGCCAUCGUCAUCGGCCUCGCAGGCUGGUCGGCCACAGGUGCCGCCACCGUCGUCUACCUCGUGGCUGCAGAGCUGGCCUUGGGCAAGAUCUGCCUCGCCUGUACUCUUGUCCAGUUCCUCUCGCUGGCGGUCAUGGCCCUCGCCCACUCCUUCUACAUCACCGUCGUCCGCCCGCGCCGCUCCCUGCCGGACCUCGUCGAUCUUGUGGCUGAGCUCAAGUGGUGGCUCGUCGUCAUCGUCUGUGUCGGCCUCAUCAUGUUGGUUGCCUGCAAUGCGCCCGCCACUGUCCUGCCUGCUGCCAAGGAGCAUCGUGCCGAGCUGGUCGCAUGCCUCAACGCGCGCGCCGUCGCUGUCUACUGGUACGCCGAGUGCUCGCACUGCGUCCGCCAGCGCGCCCGCUUUGGCCUCGAGUGGAGCAACAUCCAGGCCUCACACGAGUGCACGGCCGAAGCCGAGACGUGCAAGCUCGCCAAGAUCGAAGCAACGCCGACCUGGGUUCGGGGCGACUCUCGCCACCAAGGCAUGAUGGAGCUCGACGAGCUCGCCAAGUGGGCCGGCUGCGCCUGGCCGUCUGCGCCUGCCGUUUAAAGUCAAUGCUACUGCUGCCGA